AUGGAUCAAAGAAGAAAGCGGGAGCUCCGCGAUCUGAAUGAACGAGCGUGGGCUGGAGAAAGUGAUAUAUUCGAAGUUAGCAAGUCACUAGACUCAUCACUCAAGAAAAACACCGCCUUCAUCAAACGUCUCCGCACGGGCAUUUCAGCUUCUGCGCUUGCCACUUUUAUCGCCGAUAUCCGCACGCUCUCGCUUCACAAGUAUCUUUCGGAAAUUCUCUCGGCGUGCUAUGAAGGUCUCUGCAAGUUAAAGUCCCCCGGUGAGGUCGCCGCCGGAGUCGAGAUCGUAAGCGCAUUGCAUCAGCGGUUCGGUCCUCAUGAAUUCACAAAACAGAUCGGAUGGUUACUGGGACGUGGAUUGAGUUCGCCAGAUAAAUCGCAGCUGAAAGCGCUUAGUCAGGAUGUCCGUGAGAGGGAGGAGAAGGAGCGAUUAUCGAGACAUCGGAUUCUCCUCAAGGUGGUGACGGAGUUGUGGCUUGUUGCGGUUUUGAAAACACUGGAUGACAUCGAGCGUCCGGACGAUCUUGGUGCGAAAAACAAAGAUGCGAGUUCGAGUGCAUGUGGGAAGAGCUUGGAUGGACCAUCGAGAGUCAAAUCUGCUGCUAAAGGGGAUGCGGAGAAGGAAUCUGAUCCGUAUCCUUUGGAGGUCUUGAAGGAUCUUUUGGGCCACGAUAGGGACCAUACGAACCUCCCUCUUGCUGUCCUGUUCGUCAAGUCAUUCAGCUGGGAUAUCUUGGGCGUCAAGGCCGUUGAAGAAGGGCGCAAGACUGUCGAUAUAGACGGCACUACCACCGCCACCACAGAGGGUGGUAUUCAGCCUGAAGAGACCAACGGAGACAUCGCGGUAGAGCCACCGCUCGCAUCCGAAAAGCUACAAUUGCGCUUCAAGAAUAUUCUGACUCGAUACUUGGAGGACGUCAAAGCACACGUUGUUCGCGACCAAAAAGCACUCACUGCGCAGAGCCGUCGCAAUGCCGAAGCGUACGUUAAAAGUGGCGAGAUUUUCGAAGAUCGACAAGCAAAUUUCGAAAAACAAUCCAAAGCACAUGAGAAGCUGGUGGCAAACACUCAGGCUAUGUGUGAAAUUCUUGGCGUGGAAAUGCCUAGCUUGGUCGAUGAGGAGGCUGCUGACGCUUCGACAACUGGAGGAAUUGGUCUCGUUAAGACUGCUGAAUACCUCCGUGGGCAAGGUGAUGGUGCAGGUAUCUGGGAAGAUGAGGAAGAGCGACGAUUCUACGAGAACCUGGCGGACCUCAAAGGCAAAGUGCCCGCUGUGCUCCUAGAGGAUGGUAAGAAAAAGAAGGGCGACAUUGAUGAGCAUGCAAAGGGACAAGAUACCGCCGAGAAAGCAGAUACAGAUGUGUCGGCAGAUUCCAAAGCUGCUGCUGAAGUAGACACCGAGUCUGUCGCAAUUGUCAACAAAACCGUUGGAGCCCAAGUAGAUGCGCUGCUUGUGAAGCUCCCGGAUUUGCAGACAAAAGAUCAAGUCGAUCAACUUGCGUUGGACUUUUGCUUCUUGAAUUCCAAAGCUUCGCGAAACCGUCUUAUCAAGGCUCUACAGGAUAUUCCCAAAGGCCGUACGGAUCUUCUGCCGCUUUACUCCCGCUUAGUGGCUACCCUUGGACAGCACAUGCCGGAUAUUCCUCAGGGAUUGAUCGCAUAUCUGGAUGAGGAGUUUAGAAGCCUGCAGCGUCGCAAACAAAAGGAGUUCCUGGGACAAGUCAGAAUGAUCAACAUCCGGUACCUGACUGAAUUGACCAAAUUCGGCGUCGUGCCCGAGCAUGUCAUUUUCCACUGUCUCAAGGUGUGCCUAGAUGAUUUUUCGCGCACAAAUAUCGAGAUAAUGGGCAACUUGCUUGAGAACUGCGGACGGUAUCUCUUACGGAAUCCGGAAACAUCGCCUAGAAUGUCCUCAUUCCUGGAGACUGUUGGCCGGAAGAAAGCUGCUACGCAUUUGGGUCAGCAGGAGCGAAUGAUCAUCGAAAAUGCUAUGUACUACGUUGAUCCUCCUGAGCGACCUGCUAUCCAGCAGAAGGAACGGUCACCGAUGGAGCUGUUUAUUCGGAAGUUGCUCUAUCUGGAUAUGAACAAGCGCAACUAUACCAAGAUACUGAAAUCGAUCAGGAAGCUUCACUGGGAGGAGUCAGAGGUUGUUGAUAUCCUUGAACGAGUAUUCAGCAGACCACAUAAAGUGAAGUACGGCAAUAUUCACUUGUUGGCCAUUCUCGCUAGUGCUCUAUACCGCUAUCACCAAGAAUUCGUUAUUAGUGUGGUGGAUAACGUCCUGGAGUCUAUCACCCUAGGCCUAGAACUGAAUGAAUUCAAGUUCAACCAAAAGCGCGUUGCAGAAGUCAAGUAUCUCGGAGAGCUUUACAAUUACAAGAUGAUCGACUCUCCUGUGAUUUUCGAUGCACUGUACCGCAUUGUUGCAUUUGGACAUGAAAAUGGAACCCCGUCACCUAGCAAGAUCAAUAUCCUUGAUAUGCCGGACGAUUUCUUUCGCAUCCGUCUUGUUUGCACAAUACUUGACACUUGUGGCGUUUGCUUCGACCGGGGUUCGGCCAAGAAGAAGCUUGAUUUCUUCCUCACAUACUUUCAGUACUACAUCUUCACCAAAGACCCCCUGCCAAUGGAUGUCGACUUCUUGGUGCAGGAUACCUACUCGCUCGUUCGCCCUCAGUGGAAGAUUGCAAGUGACAUCGAAGAAGCCGGGCGACUGUUUAGCGAGGCAAUUGCCCAAAAUUACAAGGUUCAAGACGGUGACAAAGGCAUCGAAGUAGAUGAUGAUGACGUUGAAACCAUUUCUUCUGAUGCUAAUGGAGAGGAAGGUCUUGACGAGGACGGGGUUCCGGAUAUUGACGAUGGACAAUCCUCGGCCGAAGAGGCUGAACCAUUCAGUCACGGCAUCGACCAAUAUGGUGAAGGCGUUGACAGUGAUUCAGAGGAUGAGAAGAUCUUUGUUGCACGUCAAGAAGAAGAAAGGGACCCCGAAGCCGAGGCCGACUUUGAUCGAGCGUUCGAGAAAAUGAUGGCUGAAAGUAUGGAGGGUCGCAGAUUCGAAAGAAAAGCUCUCUUUGACAUACCGCUUCCUAUGCGACCAUCUCGCCGGGAACAGACAGCAAGUGACGAGACGUCGGUAGAAAGGCCGCAACAACCAGCUAACACUAUGGCAUUCUCGCUUAUGACAAAGAAGGGCAACCGGCAACAGACACGCACAAUUGAGUUGCCAUCGGAUUCCAGUUUUGCCAUUGCCAUGAAAACCCAGCAACAGGCCGACCGAGAGGAGCAGCAACGCAUCAAGAACCUCGUUUUGAGCUAUGACCCAGGAGACACGGAACAACCCGAAGGUGAACAAGGCCUCUCUAUCAUUGCCCAGGACCCCAUUAUUACCCAUAAAAAAGAAAACUUAAGGAACCCUUACAGGAGUAUAAAUGCUAAGACGUCUGUAAUAUCUUUAGAGAAACGACCGUCGCGUGACAAUAGGAUGGACAAGUCGAAUCGACCGGGCUUUCGUUCACGGAAGUUGCAGUUGAGUGAUGUUGACUGGACUUGA